CCAGUGAGUCUAGAACAGUUAAAUUGCGCAAUAGCUGUGUUUACUAUCUAAAUAGAUUUGCCGGUGAUAGACUUUCGAAGAAAGCCGUUAGAGAGCACAAUAAAUCAAAAUGGUUAACUGGACCAUGGUUGCUGGGAUGAUUAUCCCCAAUGUGGGUGGCUGGUUAGGAACGCUCACCAUGAUCGGACAGGUCAAGAGCCCAGACGGAAAGGCGUGGUACCAGCUUAUUCACAAGCCAAGUUGGAACCCACCCAAUUGGGUUUUCGGGCCUGCAUGGACUACUCUUUACACCGGAAUGGGGUUCGCCUCAUAUCUGGUGUUCCAAAACUGCGGAGGAUUCACUGAGAGGGCAAUGAUUCCUCUAUCCUUGUAUGGAGGCCAGUUGAUUCUUAAUUGGCUAUGGACACCUGUCUUUUUUGGACUUCAUCAAAUACAACUGGCAUUCUUCCACAUGCUAGCUCUGGACGCCGCCGCAGCAGUCUGCACCGCCAGCUUCAUGCAAGUGAACAGAACAGCUGGCUACCUCAUGCUGCCGUACCUAGCCUGGCUUGGCUUCGCGACGUGCCUUAACUACUCCAUUUGGCAGCUAAACAAGGAUGGUGUUACUGAUGAAGUUAAGGAUAGGUAAAGACUGACAGUGUAUCCUACCAACUUAACUGUGCGAGUCUUUCGAUAGAUUUUGGUGAUGCAUAAAUACAAUCGAAUUGCAACAUAAACUGUAGGUAUUAUUAAUUUUUAUUCCAGAAAAUAAAUUAAAUGUGGCCUUGUAGCCGAUAGAUUUUCACUGCCAGUCACUUCUGAAGAUAAUCAAAACUAUCUUCUGGCGCAGUCGGGUAAUAAAGCAUAAAUGCAAUAGAGAUUAAUUACGAAAAGACUGAUUUACAGGAAUGAUCCAAGAAUGAUCCCGUUGCUGUUGAGUUUAAGUUUAGUACUUAUUCCUGCAAUCAAUAGUUUAUUCAUCCCGCACUAUGACCAUUUCAUUUAAUUUUACAGAUAAAGAUAUUUUAAGAAACUAGGUAUUACAUACCUGAGUAUAAAUACUACAUUUAUCUUAUUAAUUAAUUUCGUAAUAAAUACCUACUAUAAAAUUAA